AUGAAUCACGACCGCAAACCCGCCGCUGCGUCGCAGCCAGCCCCCGCACCGCUGCAACCACCAUCCGUGACCAUCCAGCCCUUAAUCUCCUUCUCCACCAUCGAUGCGCCAUCUCAACGCUUCUACGCCGUCAGCACCGCAGUCUUGAUCCAGGCGUGCAAGUACUCGACUAUCGUUCGCGGCUGGAUUGCAUCUCCUUCCUCAAUCUCGGCAUCCUCAAUAGCUUUGCACGCCAAUCCCACCACUGUCUCUCUUUCUACAGCACUCUUCCUCAACUUUGCCCUUCUCUUUGUCCUCUCGCGUCUCGGUAUUCCCUUGCUGGACCCGCGACUGGCUUCCUACCAACCUCCCUCAUCUGUCCCAACGCCACAAGCAAAAUCAGCAGUGCUCCAGCCGCCAAAGAAAGUCGGUCUCACCUACGCCCACUAUCUCGCUCUCUUUGUCGCUCUCUCUUUCACAGACGCCACGCUACUGGGAUCCGCGUCCACAAAUCCGCUCAUCUUGAUGCUCAAGGGCCUCUUGAGUCUGUUCCAGCUCGCCGCCGCUACCCUUGGCCUCAGCCUUCCCACCGCUGGUCUCUUGCCCGACGCGCUCAGUCGCCAACUCGCCAUCAAUGAGGGUCACGUCCGCGUCCGCGACCUCAUCCAGCCCAAAAGCCACAUUCUUGGCCAACACACCAUCCACAUUCUACCCCAUAGCACCGCAAAACUCUUGCCCUCCAGCGCAUGCUACUGCGUCGGUCCACAAACGCCUCAGGUCACCGUCCCAGUUCUUUUCAGUAACGCACACCCUGAUCUGCUCCAGUACUCGAUCACCGACUUUGCCACCGGCCACUCCAGCUAUUUUAACGUCAGCAUCGAUCAUCUCAUCCCCUUCGGAGCUACCAGUAGCGAUGACAAUGCCGAUGAGCUGAACGUCAUCAAUGCUGCUGCAAGAUCCCACUCAUCCAAACAGACAAGUCGUCAAAGCAAUCUACUUGACGGAGAAGAUGCUCUUGAUGAUCCCACCUCACUACUCAAAGGUCUUUCGUACGCAGACAGGGCGCGAAUCCGCGCAGAGCGUCGCGCCAAAUCCCUCAGCAAGCGUUCUGCCUCUCUCGACACGCCAAAGACUAAGCACACCCCAUCUAAUCGAAACAACCAACAGCUACUCUGGCACUUGCCCCUCACACAACCUGGUCGUAUCCGUCUCGAGCGUGUUCUGGAUAAAUCUCGCAAUGACGCUCGUAUCUCUACUUCAGAAGUCCUCGUCGUACAGUGCCCAUCCACCAGGCUCAUUCCGGCGGUAUCUACGCCCGUCGGCACCACGCAUCCGCUCCAGACACAGCACAAGUGUCCCGGCGAUCGAGCCGACUUUGCGGCGCAGGUUAGUGGUGUUGCCCCCCUCGAGCUCGAAUAUCGUCGUAUCUUUGACCCUCUCCCGUUCGCCGGUUCGUCUGGCCGUCCAAAGGAUCACUCCCGCCAGGACACCAAGCGCAAGAUCUCACGCAUUUCUCCAUCUCAUCACACCUCGCCCCUUCUUCUACCUGAAGCAGAAGCGCUCCUCUCGCCUGCUGAACGGCUCGCUCUUGCACGCGAGCGCACGCGAGCAGCAUCUCGUCGCGACGUCGCAGGCCACGAGGACUUCUCCUGGGCUGUCUCAGUCGACGUGGACAUGCCGCUCAGCAGCAUUGAACUUGAGCAAUCCGGCAAUUACACAUAUCUUCUCGAAAGCGUUACGGAUGCCUGCGGCAACCGUGUUGCUGUCAAAUCCAAUCGUGAUACGCCUCUCUCGCUCACCCACAAGGCACGCAAAAAAACCAAUCGCGACAUCGCGUCUGCUUCCACUUACCAGCAGAGCGUCAUUGCCCAUACUCGUCGCAGUGUCGCCUUCGAUUCUAGACAAUGUCGACCGGGGCACCCUCUUCCGCUUUUGCGAAACGUCAACGGCUUGGACUUGACUCUUGAGUCCAGCAUCGACGCCGAACAGAGCGGUGACUGGGACGUCAAAGUUUCCUUCCAACCAGACAAUACCGCUGCUGGUAAAGGCCUCUGGGCGCGCCAAGCCGCCAAGCCAUCCGUAAUGCAGCUCACUCUGCCCGCUAACAGCUCUCGCACUCCAUUUACUAUCGAAAAGCCAGGAACGUACCGAAUUGACGACAUCGCCGGACCUUUCUGCGCUGGAGAGGUCGGCUCCUCUUGGACGUGCGAGGUGGUCGACGUACCACCUCCCACCGCGCAGAUCAACUUCAGCAGCAUCGAGGAUCGCUGCGCGGGCCCAGUAGGCGUCAAAGCCAUGUCGGUGCUCACUGGCAUCCCACCUUUCCAACUCGAGUAUGAAGUGACCAAGCAGGGUCGUCAUCCUGAGCGCAAGAUCCGCACCAUCUUUGAUCAGACCCGUGACGAGCUCGACUUCCGGCCCGAUGUCGAUGGUGCGGUUACGUACAAAUUCGUCAAGCUCCACGACAGCAAUUAUCGCGGCAUUCCGCUGGACGGACCGUCUUUCACCCAGGUCUUCCACCCGCUCUCGACUGCCGAAUUCACCGCGCCCAUCCGCAUGCACGAUGACCGAGCAGUGAUGCAGAGCUGCAGUGGCAAGCAGGCCGAAGCUGAUGUCCGAUUCAGCGGUGCAGGACCUUGGGACCUCACGUACGCCGUUCGAGCAGGCGACAGCGUCGAGACCAAAGUGGUUCAAGGCAUCACGCAGUCGCCGCACAAGCUCAAGAUCGACAUUCCCAAGUCUGUCGCCGCAUCUGGCGGUCUGGUCACUGUCAGCCUGGUCAAGAUUCGCGAUGCGCGGGGCUGUGAAAAGUCGCUCGCUACACGCGAUCUCAACGUCGAGGUUCGACGCGUACAGCCGAGCGUUGGAUUCUUGCCGACCAAGGCGGAAAAGAGUCGUCAUCUUGAAGUUCUGGCAGGAAAGGCAUCUCGUCUUCCGGUCCGCCUCAGUGGUCAAGGUCCAUGGCAUGUCGACUACUCUUGGAAGGCCGACGAGUCUGCCGACGAGGUUGAUCUCAGCGCCUCGCUGAAGAGUGUGGAUGCAGAGCUGCUGGCCGAGCAUCCCGGUCUGUACACGAUCAAGCACAUCCGCGACAGGUACUGCCCCGGUAUCGUGCUCCAAGGUCAAGACGAGUUCCGCGUUACUGUCCGACCGCAGCCGCACGUCCAGUUUGCAAGCGAUGCCGGCGUGCCCGCACGCAACGGUAGCCUGGUUCGUGCUCCUGUCUGCCGCGGCCAGCCUGACUCGGUGGAUAUUGUCAUGACGGGCCAAUUCCCGCUGGAUGUCGAGUACGAUCAUAUCGCGCCGUCUUGGAGCGCCAGCAAUGAGCCCGAGGCUGCAGCCCCGCUCGCAUCGGCUGCGCACGAAGUGGCUCUGCACGGCAAACGUCGCAAGACCGCUUUCACCUCGGCGCUGAGCACAACCAACCUGGAGCUCUCGACGGCUCUGCCCGGCUGGCAUACGUACAUCAUUGAUUCGGUUGGCGACGCGGUCUAUGCUCCGUCGCGCUUGCAGGGAUUCAGCAUGGAAUCGCCGAGACGGCUUGAGCAGAUGGUAUUGGCGCUUCCGGGUGCGUCGUUCGUCGGGGUAUCUUCCAAGAAUCGCCGGCCUUCACUGUGUGUCGGCGAUGGCCUCGAUCGACUCAGCAGCAGCCCGUUGACGCUCAAGCUGCAAGGUAAGGCUCCCUUCACUGUGAUGUUCGAGGUAGCCCCGGUCUCGAGUACUUACGGAGAGGACACGUACAAGUUCACUCGUAGCGGCAUUCAAUCGCACGAGUACAAGCUGGACCUCAAGACGGACGAAUUUGCGUUCAGCAGCAAAGGCUUCUGGACGAUCCGUGUGGUCGAGGUCACCGAUGCCAACCAGUGCCAGGCUGCUAAGAUGGCGGAAAGCAAGCGUGCAGGACAGGACGACAAGAGUGUGCUAAUUGAAGUUGCUGAGACGGCCGACAUCGCCUCGGUCUCGACGCGCCAAGACUAUUGCAUCGGCGAAAAGGUGGAAUUUUUGCUUCAAGGAAGCCCACCUUGGACUGUAUCGUACGAUUUCAACGGCGAAUCGGCGCAGGCAGCGGUGACUAGUGCCGAGUUCUCUCGUAUUGCUGAACGACGGGGUGUAUUGGAGAUCAAGAGUGUAGCGCACCAGCAGAACCAGUGUCGACGCGAUAUCAACGCGCGCAUCUCGCACGACAUGGUCAAGACGAUUCACGACUUGCCCAGCGUGCGCAUCUCGGAGGGCACACACUUUGUCGAAGAUCUGCGUGAGGGCAACCAAGCCGAGAUCAUCUUGCACUUGCAAGGUGUACCGCCGUUCAGCUUUACCUAUCAGAGAAGCGAGCCGGUGGACACGCAUGCUCGGCCGAAAGUGUUGGAGACCAACACGGUGAGUGGCAUCUUGCAAGACAAGUACAGCAUCUGGGCCGCGGUCGAGGGCACUUGGAGUGUCACCUGGUUGCAGGAUCGGUGGUGCCAGGUGUCGUUGGAUUAUCAGAGUGGCGCUGCGACACCGUUGGGUAAGUCCAGAUUGGCGAUUCAGAACGACGCGCAUUCGGCGUGA